UUCGCCCUCCUUUGAUCAUCUUCUCUGUCGAUGGCUUCCGUGCAUCAUACAUGAAGAAAGGGAGUAAGGUCAUGCCCAACAUUGAAAAACUAAGAUCUUGUGGAACACAUUCUCCCUAUAUGAGACCUGUAUAUCCUACAAAAACCUUCCCUAACUUGUAUACCCUGGCUACUGGACUCUAUCCUGAAUCACAUGGAAUUGUUGGCAAUUCCAUGUAUGACCCCGUAUUUGAUGCCAGCUUCAGUCUUCGAGGGCGAGAGAAAUUCAAUCACAGAUGGUGGGGAGGUCAACCA